AUGGAAUUGCUGCAACGCUUGCUGUACACCGCCUUAAGUGCUGCCUCAAUUAUAUAUUUCAUAGUCAAAGCGAGCCUCUCGCAUUGGAAGCGGCGCGGUAUAUUACACGAGAAGCCGAGAUUCUUAGUUGGUAAUUUGGGUGGCGUUGGUGGCAAACGCCAUAUUAGCGCUGUGCUGGAGCAACUUUACGAAAAGUACAAAGGUCAAGCACCCUUCAUAGGUUGUUAUGCAUAUUUGAAACCAAUGGUUUUAAUAUUGGAUUUAGAUUUGGUGCGAAAUGUGCUCAUAACACAUUCUGAAUACUUCAAGGAGCGCGGCGUAUUCGGUAAUGCGCUACAUGAUCCACUCUCAGCAAAUUUGCUCCAACAAGAUGGUUCAGAUUGGCAACGUCUAAAUACGGUGGUGUGCCCAGCUUUCGCGCAAGAUAAUAUCUCACAGAUGCUACCAACGUUGGAGAAGGCCGCAAGCACAAUGCAUCGCUCUUUGACUCAAGCGGCGGAAGAUAAUGCAGUGCCCAUAAAUAAUUUGGUGGAUUGUUAUAACAUUGAUGUCAUUUCUACACUGGCGUUUGGCAUUAGUGGGGAAACGUUGCUCAAUUCCGAUACAGAAUUCCGUCGUAUGGCGCGUAGCUACCUCAAAGACUUCAACAUGUUUCGUCUAUAUUUUCUUAUGUAUUUUCCGAAUCUUGCUCGCUUGUUACGCUACAAAAACUACGAACAAGCUGCAACCGAUUAUUUUCUUAAGAUAGUGCGCCAGAAACUCUUCGAACAGGAGUGGAGUCGCUUAGAUAAACGGAAUAGUUUCUUUCACAUGUUUGCUGAGUUGAAACGAGAUCGCGACCCAAAAAGACGAUUAAGUGACGAAGAAAUAGCAGCACAGGCAUUUUCCUUUAUCCUUAUGGGAUUGGAAACAUGCAACUCGGCGAUGACAUUUUGCUUGUAUGAAUUGGCGCUGCAGCCGGAUUUGCAGCGUCGUGUACAGGCAGAAAUAUGCAAUGUGCUCAAGCGCAAUGAAAAUGGUAUGGAUAGUAAAAAUUUGAACGAUAUGAAUUUGCUGAGACAAUGUUUGAACGAAACUUUACGCAAGCAUACACCUUACGCUUUCUUAUUACGCAAUACGAAUGAGGAUUACGAAGUGCCUAAUUCUAUAUUCAUGCUGCGUACAGACAAUCAUCUAGUCAUCCCAACAGCGGCAAUACACCGUGAUCCAGUGCUUUAUCCCGAGCCAAAUAAAUUCGAUCCGGAACGUUUUAGUGAGGAAAAUAUUAAGCUACGCCAUCCAAUGGCUUUCUUACCCUACGGUGCCGGCCCCCGUUACUGCCUAGCGCAAGAAUUUGCCGAAAAGCAAAUACUGGUUGGGCUCGCAACACUGCUACGUUAUUACAGUUUCAGUCCAUGCCGCGAAACACCCAUUCCACUGGUGUACGAUAGCAAGCGUUUGGUGCUUACACCAAAAGGCAAAUUGAUUUUAAAAGUUCAGCGUGUGUGA